CAGACAUCACAUCCCUGGGCCGUGGAGGAGAUGGACCAGCUGGCCGGCCUGAGCGAAACGUGGGGAGAAUGAACGAAAGGAAGUGAGACAGGGACCGACUAGAGAGAAUAGAGGAAAUAAGAGAAAAGAGAAAAUAAAGAAAGGAAGAGAAGAGAUAAUGGUUGAUGUGAUAAAGAGGGAAUUUUGAUAACUGAAGAAGAAGAAGAGGAAGAGGAAGAGGAAGAAGAAUUACUACUACUACUACUACUACUACUACUACUACUACUACUACUUCAAGAUGUAUGGAAUGUUACUUAAGAGUGUUAUGUUCUUUGGCCAGGCGGAAUACGGUAACUACAUGUGGGAGCUGAUCAAGGAGGAGGCAGGCUGUCGAGGGAUGGAAUUUCAUAUGCACCAAACCUAUUCAGACACCAUCUUUAGGAACCUCGCCACUGCCUGUGCUAAAGUCACCAAGCAGGGCAGCGUGGAGGACUACUUGAGAUUUUUUGGCAGGUGCUUCGUGAGGUACUGUCAGCACUACAGGUAUGACAAGAUGCUGAAGGUUACUGGCCGCCACUUCUGUCAGCUGUUGAAAGAGAUGGACAACCUACACUCCCAGAUGAGAUUCGGGUUCCCCAAGAUGAAGUCCCCCUCAAUGGUGAUCUCGGAAUAUGACAAAGAGGGGGCAGUGCUCCAGUACAGAUCUUGCCGCCCUGGUCUCUCACACUAUCUCAUCGGUCAGCUCCUUCAAAUAGCCCAGGAUUUCUACCGCCUCGCUCUUAGUGUGGAGAUACUGAUGGAGGAAGUGGAUGAUAUCUGCUACUGCACCACCUUCAGGCUGGAGUUCAACAACGAGGGGUAUGUGAAGGAGAUGACUGAGCGGAGCACCAGUUUCAGCAGGUCAAUUCUCCCUAACUUCCCUCUUGGCAAACUGUUCCUGUUGUUCCCCUUCGGCCUGGUGCUGGACCCCUCCCUGCACAUCCGCCUGGCUGGGGAAAGGAUCCUGCAGCUGCUCGGGAAGGACCUGCUGGGGAGCGAGUUCCUGCAGCAUUUUGUCGUCCAGCGCCCUCAGGCUAAAUUUUCAUGGGAGGCGGUGCGGAUGUUUGAGAACGUGACGUGGGAGGUGGAGUCCAAGAAGCUACCUGAGCCUAGCACGCGAACCAACAGCCUGGACGCCAUGCACAAUAUGCCACCCCCAAGACGCGGGUCGAGCCAGGCGCCGUGGUCUGGCCAGCAGUCGUCCCUCCACAACUGCCGCGGUCUGCUACUCAAGGGUCAAAUGUACAUGAUGAAGGACCUGGACUUGACUCUGUUCCUCUGCAUGCCGCUCCUGAACAACCUGGUGGAGAUGAGGGAGACAGGGCUGUACCUUAACGACCUCAGCAUGCACGACCAGAGCAGGGAGAUGGUGAUGAAGGGCUGGGAACACUGCUCCAGACUCCAGAUCACGUACACGAAGGCAGAGGAGAAUGCGGCGAGACUCGAGGACGCCCACCAGAAACACGAGGAGGCCAAGGCAAGGGGCGAUGACCUCCUGUACUCCAUGCUGCCCAGGGAAGUGGCUGACAAACUGCGCCAGGGCAACCACGCCUCGGACACUUGCCAGAAUCUGGAGGAGGUCACCGUUCUGUUCGCUGAGUUGAUCCUGGCCCCGGAGAGUGAGACCCUUGGCGCGAUGGACCUCAUGAAGACUGUCAAUGAAGUCUAUGAGAUGAUGGACUGCAUUACUGAACACUAUAGGGUAUUUAAGGUGGAGACAGUGGGCGGCGUGUACAUGGUGGUGGGUGGGGCUCCCCAGUACAGAGAGGACCAUUGUAGCCAAGUCGGGCGUUUGGCCUUGCAUAUGAUAAGAGAAGUGUCCAGCUCUGACCAACACUGCCUCAGGAUUGGUAUGCACGUGGGCCCAGUGGCGGCAGGUGUGGUGGGCUUGAAGUUACCAAGAUACUGUCUGUUUGGCGACACUGUAAACACUGCCUCUAGAAUGCAGACAAACGGGAAGGUGGGAAAGAUACACGUGAGCGAGAAAUGUGCCGAGAUUCUACAAAAGUUUGAGUUUGAAGUUUCAUUCCGCGAGAAACUUUAUAUCAAGGGCAAAGGCGAGAUGAACACCUACUGGCUGGACGGCGAAGGUAACUCCCCAACCACGGACAUCACCAGCGCCACCACCACCACCACCACCAUUACCCCGACCACCACCAUCACCACCACGGACAGCUGGUAAACACACACAAGGCAAAGAAAACGAAAGGUGGAAAGAAAUAUGCGUGUAUAAAUAUGUCCGUCCA